UCAAAGUAGUCCGUAGGCAUUCCACACCAGCCAGAUGUUUGUUUUGAUUAUAAUUUUAAAGCGCGAUAGAUUGCACACCAAGUUUUAAUUAUGAUUUUAGCGUAGUACAAUGAGUGUUUACAGCUCGACGAAAGGGAACGAAAGUACAAACUGAACGGCCGUGCAGUGAUCAUACCAAGCCGCAACGCAGCUUCAGCAAUUAAUUAGCAACUCUUCUACUCACGCAUCACCACACACUUCCUGCACCAAGCGCGAUGACUCUCGACGCGAACGAUAAGCUUUUGGAAACAGUCCUGCAAGAGUACAAAAUUUUAGCCGAAUACGAGCGGCUACAGAGCGAAGAUCUUGGUGGUAUUUACGUAACUCCGUCGUACGAAAAUCCCUUCCUUUGGUUCGGCGUUAUAUUCGUGCGCAGUGGUGUGUACAAAGAUGGUGUGUUCCGGUUCACCGUAACUCUUCCCAACCGAUUCCCCAACGACAGCACUGUCCCGACAAUAACGUUCCAAAGCGACGUGUUUCAUCCGCUGAUCAAUCCAGCCGAUGGAGUCGUAGACCUGUCGGAAGCAUUUCCCAAAUGGCAGGCGGGCGAUAGUCACAUCUGGCAAAUGCUGAAAUUUGUACAGUUCAUGCUACAAAAUCUGGACGACCAUCCGGUACAGUCGAGCCAGGUGGCGAACAACGAAGCGUACGAACUGAUGAUGGAAAAUCGCACCGAAUUCCAGCUGCGCGUGGAACAAUGUGUAGAGGAAAGUCAACGAAAGCUGUACGAUCAACCCACCCAUCCGGAUCGGUUCUACAUUUGUUUCGACCAGUUCAAUCCCGACGUGCACGGUCCAGCGCUGGAAUCGAUGAAGGAAUGCAAAGCAACGGAAGUGACGACUCCACCGUCGUCCGGUUUGUCCUGGGUAAGGAAAGGUUUAUAUCAACCGCUAAGUAAAUGAGUGAGUGACAUUUACCCGGAUCCCAUUGGUCCCCUGAAGGGACGAAAACUAACAAAAAAAAAACAUCGUAGUUAAAUAAUUUUAUUGUUUUAUUCCAACGUUAAAUACACUCGGCGAGUCACAGACAUAUGUUUGGUAAACUACUUACUAAUACUUGUGAAUGCUGCAAAGAAUGUGCUAAUAAAACGCGUAACGCACUACCAAGAUUUUAAACAUAAA